UAGGCCUACAUAAUUGAUGUUCACUGAUUUGUCUAUUCAUUGUGUUUUCUGCCAUUUAUAACAUUUUUGCUAUUUCAUUUCAGAUAAAGAAGCUUCCUUACGCACAUAAUUGUGCUAGCACAGCUGGUUUGGAGAACAAUUGCAUGGCCACCAAUUCAUGGGUGAGAGAUCGUGUGAUCAACAAGUUGAGACAAGAACCAACCCUUGGUGCUACUGCUUUAAAGAAGUUCUUGGAAGAGAAGUACAAGAUCAAUAUUUCUUACUACGUUGUUUGGGACGGUAGGCAGAUGGCACUUGAUGAAAUCCUUGGCAAAUGGGAAGAUAGCUUCGAUGCAGCUUACAACUUCAAAGCAGAGUUGGAGAGGACAAGUCCCGGAUCAAUUGUGGAGGUUGAUCAUGUGACAGUGGAUGGGAAGAAUCAUUUCAGCAAGAUGUUUGUAGCACUGAAACCAUGUGUUGAUGGGUUUCUUAACGGUUGCAGGCCAUAUUUAGGUAUUGACUCAACUGUACUGACUGGCAAAUGGAGAGGGCAAUUGGCAUCAGCAAUUGGGAUUGAUGGCCAUAACUGGAUGUUUCCUGUAGCAUAUGGAGUCUUUGAGUCAGAAAGUACAGAUAAUUGGGCUUGGUUCAUGGAUAAGCUUCACUCGGCAAUUGGGUCCCCAGAGGGGUUGGUUCUGUCCACAGAUGCUGGUAAAGGCAUUGACACAGCAGUCACCAGAGUCUUCACCAAUGGAGUAGAGCAUAGGGAAUGCAUGAGACAUUUGGUGAAGAACUUUCAGAAGAGGUUCAGUGGUGAGGUCUUUGAGAGGAAUCUGUGGCCUGCAUCAAGGGCCUAUAGGCAGGACAUAUUCGAGAGUCACUAUAAUGAGAUGAAAGAGGCAUGUCCAAAAGCUACAGAAUGGAUUGAUAACUUCCAUAAGCACAUUUGGACUAGAUGUCAGUUCUCUACUCUCAGUAAAUGUGACUAUGUCACAAACAAUAUAGCAGAGACCUUCAAUAGUUGGAUCAGGCAUGAGAAAUCACUGCCUGUAGUUGAUUUGAUGGAUAAGAUUAGGCAAAUGAUCAUGGAGAGAAUGUCUGUUAGGAAAAGGCUUGCUGUCAAGUUGACUGGUACUAUUCUUCCUAGUGUAAUGAAGUCCCUGUAUGCUAGGAGCAGGGACCUUGGAUACAAGCUGUACUCAGCCCACAGUCACCUAGGAGAAAUAGGAGGGACUGGUAGGGAUUUGAAGACAUGGAGGCACACUGUUGACUUGAACACUCGAGAAUGCAGUUGUAGGCAAUGGCAGGUAACAGGUAUACCUUGCACACAUGCCAUUUUUCUAGUCAUUUCACGGAGGGGGCUAGAAUUGGAACAGUUUGUGGAUGACUGCUACUCUGUUGCAACAUUCAAGAAGGCAUAUGCAGGACAUGUAGUUCCAAUGACAGACAAGUCUCAAUGGGCCAAGAUUAAUGUAGGAUUCAAGUUAUAUCCACCUCUGUUGAAGAGGUCAGCAGGCAGACCUAGAAGCAGAAGGAUUAAAGGAAUGGAAGAAGGAGGUUCAGGAAAAAGAAAGUAUAGAUGCAAGAGGUGUGGUCAGUUUGGCCAUAUCAAGAAGACUUGCAAUGAACCAGUUGCUGAUCCAUCUGCCCCUCCACCAGCCCCACCAAAGCCCAAGAGAAAAAGAGUGAAGAAAGUUGUGCUUUCUGUGCAAGAUCCUGUUAUACAAGUCCCAACAGCUACUGUGUCCACACCUUCAAGAUCACAAGCAUCUGGGGUAACUCAAACAAGCCCAAUAACAAGGAGCAGGGCUAGAGCUCACAAUUUGGAUGUUGAUGCUCCAAGCAACAAGGCAGCUGGUGCCAUCUGAAGACUGAAGUUCAAUGACAUGAAAUUUGCUUUUGUAUAAAUGUAGGAUGCUAUGUUCACUGAUGUUAGCUUUUAAUGGCAUGGACUCCUUUAUGUGCUAAGUGCACUGCUUUUGUUAUGGAGCCAAUGGGCAGUACUACUCAUAUUUGCUAGGCAAAAUGUGCCUAAAGACUUUCAUGUAUGGCUUUUGUAUAGACCAAGCUUAAUGGCAGUGGCAGUACCAUGUGUGGCACUGGAUGUA